GACGUACGCGCGCGUUCGCGUCACCGCCGCGCGGUCGUCGACGAGCGAUGAUUUCCCGACGCACGUCACGGUGCACGAGCGCGGUCGAGGCGCGAACGGGGCGUGCGACGAGGCGACGCUGGGGGAGGUGUAUAAUCCGGACGGCGGCGCGGGCGCGUGCGCGGGCGGGACGUGCGCGAUCGGCGACGUGUGCGCGCGCAUGGACGCGGGGAUGAUCGCGAGCGUGAGCGGGAAGACGUACGAGUUCGUCGAUCGGAAUUUACCGCUCGCGGGACGACGGUCGGUGAGCGGACGCGCGUUGGCGGUUUGGCGCGGCGACCGAGCGGCUGGACUAGAUGGAUUUAGCGCUGGUAAGGUUCCGUUCGCGUGCGCGACGAUCGAGGAAGAUGACGGUGAAGACGGAUUCGUCGAGGCGCGCGCGACGCUCGGGACGACGUUGAGUAAGAUUAGCGGGUUGGUGACGAUGCGGCAGUCGGCGGCGGACGCGGCGGCGGAUACGCGGAUCUCGGUUCAAUUGGUAAAUCGCGCGCACGGCGAUGCGAUCGGGCCGUAUCGAUGGGCGAUUUAUUCGGGUACGGCGGGGAGCUCGAACUCGUGCGCGCACGUGGGAAGGCUGUACAAUCCCGAAGAGAAGUCGUCGUGUGCCUCGCGCGGCGCGGAAGCGCUCGCCGAGGAUUGCCCGAUUGGUGAGAUUUGGGUACGACAAGGGACGUUAUCGUCGUCAGAAAUAGUGCUGUAUAGCGAUUCGAACUUGCCACUGAGCGGUGCGAAAUCUAUCGUCGGGAAAACGUUCGUACUACUCGACGGGAACGACGCCGAGGUGCUGUGCAGCGACGUCGUGCUCGCGUCGAAAACCGGAAGAUCCUUGGCGAUGCCCAAGGUAUCCAUCGGGGCACAAGUAGGUCUGGUGACCGUACUUCUCAUAGUAUCGGUGCUCGUCCUUCGCUACUACGGCAAUUUGCCAAGUUCGUGCUCGUUCAAGCGUCGAUCGUCUCGAGGCGACUUCUCUCGCCUGAGCGAAGAGUUUCGGGAAGUCGCGUUCACGAACGUUCCGUCGGCGUUUUCCGUAGCAGACGACGACGACGACAGCGGGGUAGUGGCGAAGCAGUCGUCCUCGAUGUUUAGAGGCACGUCGUCGAGGUCGAACGCGGCGCGAGCGCAUAUUAUUUAG